UCAUAUGUAUUGCGGGAAAGUGGCUUAGGCAUUUACCGAAUGGUCAAUUUAUAAAUUGCAUUUAUGAAUUUAUACGCGCCAAUAUACAUUAGUCACAGCUACAUAUGUAUAUACAACGGUGUCUGGGUACAUAAUUAUUGUGUCGGAUGACGCGUGUUGUGUAUGAAGAAGUUUGUGUAUGUAUAAACAAGGCUGUACAAAUUGUUGCUUUACCUUUGACGGGGCACCGGGUGUAAAACGCAUGUGUGUGUAUUGAUGUGAGAUUAAAUGCGUAAAUAAAUUGAAUUUAAAUACUUCCGCCAUUAACCUGUUGGGCGGGAGGUUACAAAGCCACUGUGAAGACGAAGUCGCUCCAGGGCUUUAUAAUGCAGACAGCUAAGGAAAUGAAACAGACAAGCAGACAAAGCGGAAACGAAAGGAGCUGAAAAGUGAAUACGAAAUAAGUUAAGCAAUAAAACGCGGUGGGAGCUAUUUGCUGCAUAAACCACAAUUGCCAGUGAAAAAAUACUUGUGUUAUUGUUCGCAGCGUUUUACCGUUAUUUUCUUUAAUUCUCACCAACGCAUUUUCGAAGCAUUGCUGUACAGCAUUGAAAUGUACAAUGUGCGACAAAAACUGCAAAUACAAUACAAACAAAACCAGACGGUGCACCAGCGGUGGCAAGAGCAACAACACCAUCAGCAGCUGCACAUGGAUGUUUAAUCUUGUGGCGGUUGCCUUAUUAAUCCAACAUGUCGCCUGCGCUGCAACAGCUAUCGAGGCGACAACACCGACAGCCCUGGCGCUGUCAAAGGCGCUCACCGAUUCCCUACCAUCCGCAUUUGUACCCACAGCCCAGCUGCUGAGGCGCCAUGGCGAUAACGGUAGCAGUAGCAGCAACGAAAACUCACCCACACAGGCUGAUUCUGGGAGCCGCGCUACGAGCCGCCACCUCAGCGCCAUUGAGUCCACCGUCGGCGGUGUCAGCAGUAUCGUUGCCGGCGACGAUGGUGUGGAUUUCGCUGCCUAUGCAAAUGAUUUCAAUAUGCAAGCUGAAGCUGCUAUACCCGAGGAUAUUUUGGACCAACAACACAUACAAGAUGUCGAUGCCACUGAUGCGGACAGCAUGCAAUAUGUUGGAGAUGGUGAUGGCGAUGAGGCUGUUGAACCCGAAGCUGAUAUUAUACUCGCAGCGCAAAAAUUCAGCACUUCAGAAAGCAGUCGUGAGAAAGAAGAAUAUUACGAGCAUGACAACAACAAUGGAAACAAUAAAAACAAUGACAGCAACAACAACAAAAGCGCACAGCUAAGGAAAACUGUAAGAAAGCGAAACAACAAAUUGAAAAACAAUGCAGACAACAGCAAAAACAACAAUAACAAUAACAAAAGUGAUGACAGAAAAUAUGACAGUGACAACACAGCUGUCUACAAUGAUGAUGCUUCCAUGGACGAAGCGGAUGCGUCGGGCAUCACGGCUGAGGAGCCAUUGGCGCUGCCCAGUGUGGCCGAAGCAAGGCAAAGUUUUGUAUUGACGCGACAUCCAAGAGGACAACAAAAUCACAAAUUAAUAGCAGCAGAGAAGGCACGAAGUUAUGAAGAGCAGAGCCGGGACGUGACCGGGCGGCAUCAGCAAUUUAUUGAAAACUUAGUUGCAGAAAAAUUUAAUAAAGCAACGGGACAAACGGUAAACAAUGAUGACAAAGCGAACAACAAUAUGCACAGCAACAAUAACAACUUAACGGAAAAUGCUGGUGUAAAUGGAGCUGCUGUUGACGAGCAAAGCGAAAGCAUCCAGAACACUGCUAUAAAUAAAGGCAACAAUAUGAGUAAACAAGUAAACAAUAAAUCAGAAAUGGACUGCACGGACGAUAAUCAACCGGAGGAAACGGCGAUCGGCGAUAUCGAGGACAAGUUUCGUAAUGAAGAAGAGGCCGCCGGGCAGCAACUACAGCAGCACUUACAAAGCGAGCAGCACGGCCAUCGAAUGUCAUCGAUUGCCAAGCAAAGCCGAGAGGGGAAGUCAGAAGCGCGGCCAGCAUCUAUGAGCGGCAAGCAUGUAGAAGAAGAUCAUCGACAAAUUAAAAAAUUCAAGCGCAAUGAAAGAGCCAGCAGCAGCAGUGCCAACGACCAUGCUAGCAAAAACAAUAAAAGUGGAAACCAUGACAACAACAACAGCCACACUUAUAAGCGCCAUCACCACGGCGAACCCGCGCACAUCGAAGGCGAAUAUGAGGCAGGCACGUUCACGCAAAUGUCGGACGCAGAGAAAGUUGAAACGUCUGAAAACCAACCCAGGCAUGUGAAAGUUGCUGACAGCGUUGGAGCAGUGGCAGAGCCACAAGCCGAUUACUCAAUAACCUAWUUUGGCAUCUUAACAAACAGCUCGAAGAAGCGCGAAAAGGCGUUCGCCGAGGAGCAAGCAGAUGCGGAUGAGCUUGAGAACACCGUUAGGAACUCGGCCAAAACAGCAGACAUUGUUGCAAAAACUGCUGACAACGACGAUGCGGCCCAACUUGGUGCUGUGCAUGCAACACGAAAUCAGUUGCAACAACAACAAUCGCUAACGCGCAAAGUGGCCGAUGCUGGCGAGCUUCAUGCAGCACAUAUCUCGCCCUUUGAGCGGUACAAGGCGCAACGUCGGAACAGUCGGCGCUACGGACAUAAAAUGUACAAGAAAAAAUAUAAGGAUUACCUGCGUCAUGCAACGAUAGCCUCCUUGACAGCUAAAGCAAUGCCAACAGCAAUUGACGCAGCAACAACAACAGCAACGCCGUACAUGUCGACAGGAUUGCCGCUUAUGGGAAAUGCAUUUGAAAUGAGUGCUAAGCACACACUCAACUCGACACAGGCGCAGUUGAUAAAUGACAACUACACCGAUUACUAUCGGGAACAACAACAAACAAGAGAGAAUGUUGCUAACGCCAGAGAGCAAAAACAUGCAGAAACGUUAAGAAAAUAUGCAAGGAAAAUUGAAGCGGAAAAAUCACGUGGAUUACCAGCAUCACCAAUAUUUGUUGUAGGCAAUCAGAGCGCUGGUAAGUUGGCUACAAGCAAAGCGAACAGCGAACGGCGCACAGGUGGAGACACAAAUCAUUUCUACGAAGGGCAGGUAAACUAUUACCUAGAGACGAGGGAUGACGAGGGCAUGCAGACUAAAGCAGCGUCUAUGAAAAGCUACAAGCCAACAGGCGUCGAAGGAGAGGGCACGACUACUGCUGAGGUAGCGCUGUCUAGAGAAGACGAGGAACGUUUACGUGCGCACGAACUCAGCAUGGAGCACAUGAUAGCAGCGGACAAUAAUAACUGGUACCGACGUGUAAGCCCGGUACUACGUAAUGGCAUUAAAGUCUACGGCAACGAAGAUAAAGUGCAGCGCGAGAAAGCAGCCAGCCAACUACCGCAUGUGCAGGAGCAACAGCAUCAUCAACACCUGCAGCGACAACACGCCGCAAAACAACAUCAACAUUAUCACACACACCACGGAAAACAUUGGAGUCACCAUCAUCGACUGCACACACCACCAUAUCAGCAUCGACAACAACACCACGACUCCCAUCAACACAGAGGUGGCAGCGGUAAUCAUCAGAAGCAUCAUCAAAAUAGUAAACAUUAUCAAUCAAGCGACAGACAGCUCCAGCAACAACAUCCAACCGAUUCCAGUGAACGAAAACUACUUGAUCCACCCUCGCCGCACGCCUCAGACACACAGGCGGCAGUGGAGCUGGGCAUGGUGCAGACACCGAUACCACCACCUUCAUAUACAAAACAACAUCUAAAGCAAACUGAGCACGAAAGGCUGGAACAGGGAGCGCUUCAACUGGGCCAUCAAAUCACAGAAUUGGAGGAGCUGGAACGCUACUACGCCAAGUGGCCCCACUUGGCACGCGUACAGUUUCAGUUGUACGAUGAACACUUCCGCGAGGACCACCCUGAACUCUAUCCAGAACUCAAUGUCGGUGCUAGCGACUUGGCUGAUACCGUAGAAGACUACGACGAUGAUUAUGAGAGCGCUGCCGAGUUGGAGGAAGCGCAGAAUAGUCAUGAUGAAGACGCUAACUUGCCGCCCUACAUUAAGAAGUACAACAGACGCAAUAAACAAUUACUGAAUUUGCUUGAAGGCACUCUACCGCCACCGACGCGUCUUCCACCUACUUUGGGGCGCAGUUGGUCUAGUUCAAUACUGCAGCCGGGACCGCAUGCAAGUAGUCGAAGCGCGGGCGGUAGCAGUACUGCGGGUAGAAUACGCAUCGAUGACGACUACCUAAAGGAGAAACGCAAGCGCUAUCAUAAUCGUGAUAUCAGCAGCGCUGACAGUAGUAGCAUUAGUGCAAGUAACAACAAUAACCGCAAGGAGGACCGACAUCACUAUCAAGAUUUAUUUGCACAACAACGACUGACGCACAUUGCUACUACCCAGACGACAGGGGAAACAACAGGUGUGUUGACAAAAUCUGAGGCCAUCUCCGCCAACCCAAAUGUGAGCGGCAAGUCAGAUGUAAUCAGCACCUACAAAACGGCAGCACAAUCAAACAACAAGCUGCCAGACGAGGAUGUCAGCAUUUCAGCCGACACAGACAUCGACGCUUAUGCUGCCGACGAUGGCGACAUUGACUUUUGGCAAAAGGAAAUCGAAAAUAAAUCGAAUGCAAACGAAUUGGCAGGAAGCGCACAAAUGAGAUGGCAAAUCGAAAAAUUAACAACAGCCAACCCCGCGCACGCCGCCAUAGUGUCGAGCGCACCAAAAGCAGCCAUUUUUCGUUUGCCCUCAUAUCCGGCCAUCGCUGGCAGUUUCAUCGGCAAGCCGCGCAGUCGUAGCGCACAAUUCGCACCGAGCGGCGGCAGUCGUGGCAAACUAGCGUUUUUAGCGCCAGCCAGUAGUGAGCUCCAUGGUAACAAAUGGGGCAAUAUAUAUGGCCUGGGCGGUGAAAAUGGUGUUAGUGCUGCUGGUAACGUCGGAAUCGAUGGUCUUGGCACACGCGGCAGUUACCACAAAUCGUUGUCACGUUUCAGUGCUUACAAACCGAGUGUUUAUAAAACCUUAACCGCUGCAGCAGUAGCCGCUUCAACCACGACGACGACUCCCAGAGCCAACGGUGAUGAUGGUAUGAUUGGUGACGACUCGGCAGCCACAACAACUACUGCGGUUGCGGCAACGCCGAGUGGUUUUGGUAGUGAUGAUGCAGAUGGCGCAGAAGGGGGAGUAGGUAAUGCCGCUAUGGGACGUACCAUUAGCUCGUUUGUCUAUCACCGUGUGAUUGAUGCGUCACCGCGACAAGUGGGUACCGGUAAUACGGGACGCAAGCAACGAUUGCCAUUUGUGGCUAUCACUGAUCGUCGGCUGGAGACCACAAAGAAGGCGCAGCUGGAACGACAGAAAGAUUUCGAACAAAAUCACUACCCAAUGCCUUAAAUUCACUGCACUUCAAUGACUGCGGCAGCGAAAGAGACGUAGACGGAGACGACCCGGACAAGCAGCACAAAACAAA